AGUUUUAGAGCUUAUGCUGAUGGGAUUCAUAUCACUACUUCUAACAAUUGGACAAGGAUAUAUCUCAAAUAUUUGCAUACCUAAGAACAUCGCAGCAUCGAUGCACCCUUGUAGUACAUCCGAAGAGGCGAGAAAGUACGGUAAGAAAGAUGUCCCAAAGGAAGAUGGAGAAGAUGGAGAAAACUCGCGUCGAAAGCUUCUACAGUUAGUUGAUUCUCUUAUUCCUCGAAGGAGUUUGGCUACCAAAGGUUAUGACAAGUGUGCAGAGAAGGGAAAAGUCGCUUUUGUAUCGGCUUAUGGCAUGCAUCAGCUGCAUAUAUUCAUAUUUGUUCUUGCGGUUUGUCAUGUGAUCUACUGCAUUGUUACUUAUGCUUUGGGCAAGACCAAGAUGAGAAGGUGGAAGAGGUGGGAAGAGGAGACGAAGACAAUCGAAUAUCAGUAUUCACACGAUCCCGAGAGGUUUAGGUUUGCGAGGGAUACAUCUUUCGGGCGUAGACAUCUAAAUUUCUGGAGCAAAUCGACUAUCACGCUGUGGAUUGUAUGUUUCUUCAGACAGUUCUUUAGAUCUGUUACCAAAGUUGAUUACUUAACACUGAGACAUGGUUUCAUCAUGGCCCAUUUGGCUCCUGGGAGCGACGCAAGAUUCGAUUUCCGCAAGUAUAUUCAGAGAUCAUUAGAGGAAGACUUCAAAACCAUUGUCGAGAUCAAUCCUGUGAUCUGGUUCAUCGCCGUGUUAUUCCUACUGACAAACACAAACGGAUUGAAUUCUUACCUCUGGUUACCGUUCAUUCCCUUCGUCGUGAUUCUUAUUGUUGGGACAAAACUUCAAGUGAUAAUAACAAAACUGGGACUUAGAAUCCAAGAGAAAGGCGACGUAGUGAAAGGCACACCGCUAGUUCAGCCCGGUGAUCAUUUCUUCUGGUUUGGUCGUCCACGUUUCAUUCUCUUCCUCAUUCACUUAGUCCUCUUCACGAACGCGUUUCAACUCGCUUUCUUUGCCUGGAGUACGUAUGAAUUCGGUCUAAAGAACUGUUUCCAUGAAAGCAGAGUAGAUGUGAUCAUCAGAAUCUCAAUCGGACUUAUCGUCCAGAUUCUUUGCAGCUACGUUACUCUUCCUCUAUAUGCUCUUGUUACUCAAAUGGGUUCAAAGAUGAAACCAACAGUGUUCAACGAGAGAGUAGCAACAGCGUUAAAGAGUUGGCAUCACACAGCAAAGAAACAGAUCAAACAUGGAAGAACUUCAGAAUCAACAACACCUUUCUCUAGCCGACCAACAACACCAACACAUGGUUCUUCUCCGAUUCAUCUUCUCCGCAAUGCCCCUCAUAAACGAAGCAGAAGCGUCGACGAAAGCUUUGCGAAUUCGAUAUCACCAAGAAACUCUGAUUUCGAUUCAUGGGAUCCUGAAUCUCAACACGAAGCAGCUGAGACUUCGAAUUCAAAUCAUCGUUCUAGGUUUGGAGAAGAAGAAUCGGAGAAAAAGCUUGUUUCUUUAUCAUCAGUGGAACUUCCUCCAGGACCUGGACAAAUACGAACACAGCAUGAGAUUACUAUAACAACAGAAAGUCCUUUGUCAAUAGGACAAACUCUCAGCUCCUCUAAUAAUGUUUAUGAAUUGGGGUUCUUCAGUCCUAAUAACUCCCAGAGUUUGUAUGUUGGAAUCUGGUUCAAGGGUAUCAUUCCUCGGGUGGUUGUGUGGGUGGCCAAUAGAGAAAAUCCUGUUACAGACUCUACGGCAAAUCUAGCUAUCGGCAGCAAUGGAAGUCUUCUCUUAUUUAAUGGCAAACAUGGCGUUAUCUGGUCUAUUGGGGAAACUUUUGCAUCUAACGGGUCUCGUGCAGAGCUUUCAGACAGCGGAGAUCUUUUCGUCAUAGACAAUGCUUCAAGGAGAACUCUAUGGCAAAGCUUUGAGCAUCUUGGUGAUACUAUGCUACCUUACUCCUCAUUGAUGUAUAACCUAGCCACUGGUGAGAAGCGGGUGUUGACUUCGUGGAAAAGUUACACUGACCCAUCACCUGGUGAAUUUGUGGGUCAAAUUACACCGCAAGUGCCAUCACAGGGGUUUAUUAUGAGAGGCUCGAAGCCUUAUUGGAGAAGCGGUCCAUGGGCUAAAACAAGGUUCACUGGCCUACCACUAACGGAUGAAUCAUACAGAAAUCCAUUUAGCCUUCAGCAGGAUGCAAACGGGUCAGGAUACUUUUCUCAUUUACAAAGAAACUACAAUCGUCCAUUUGUAGUAUUAACAUCAGAGGGAUCACUGAAGCUUACUCAGCAUAAUGGCACGGACUGGGUAUUGAACUCUGAGGUUCCAGCUAACUCCUGCGAUUUUUACGGUAUAUGUGGACCUUUUGGGUUGUGUGUAAUGUCCAUUCCUCCAAAGUGUAAAUGCAAUAAAGGGAGUGCAGAAGAAUGCUACCAAAGUUGCCUCCACAAUUGUUCGUGCUUGGCUGUAUCUUAUAUUCAUGGAAUAGGCUGCUUAAUGUGGAGCCAGGAACUAAUGGAUGUAGUGCAAUUCUCUGCGGGAGGAGAGCUUCUUUUCAUUCGUCUUGCACGUUCUGAAAUGGGUGGAAACUCGCGCAAGAAGACCAUUACUGCUAGUAUUGUCAGCCUUUCUCUUUUUGUGAUACUGGGUUCUUUUGCGUUUGGUUUCUGGAGAGUGAAACAUAAUGUUUCAGCUAAUAUAUCAAAGGUUGUUUCACAAGGUGCAUUGAGGAAUGAUCUGAAACCAGAAGAUAUCCCAGAUUCAAGAAAAAGGCUUGAGAUUGACUGGCCAAAGAGACUCAAUAUCAUUCAAGGGUCUUUUCACGAACUUGCCAAAAACCAACAGGUAAGUGGUGAACUAGGAGGAGGUAGCAUUGUGCAGAAGGCAACUUUGUCUAGCAGUUAUUUGUUUAGUUCUACAGAUAAAUCAUCUCGACCUUCUGAAUCUUCAGAUUUCAGUGUAAAUAUCAGAAGCUCUUCACCAUUUAACUCAGCUAAAAGUGAAGCAACUGUGAAGAGAUCUCGUCCGUCUUUCCUUGAUUCCCACGAUAUUUCAAGAGCUCCAGAGACUCAAUAUCAACACGCUGAGAUAAAAGCGGAUUUGGUUACAUCCAGUGGUUCCCAACUAACUUGGCAGUGAUGGUUUUAGGCCAUCUUCACUCCAGUAUAUAUCAGGGAAAGGAGAUAGUAAUGGAACGUCUUUGACAAGCGGAGCAUCUGAUUCUCCUAAUCCUUUUGAAAAAUUCCGUUGUUCUUUGUAUCCUGCAGCCAAUGGAGUAAUGCCAGGUUUUACUGACUUCUCCAUGCCAAAACAAAAUGAUGAUUCUACC